AUGACGUCCAACUCCUCCUCCUCCAUGCGAGGAUUGACGCAGUAUAUUGCCGACCUCCGAGCAUGUCGCGUUCGCGAGCUUGAAGAGCGCCGUAUCAACAAAGAGAUGGCGCACAUACGAGCAAGGUUCAAAGAAGGCCAGCUCGACGGCUAUCAGAAGAAAAAGUACCUAUCCAAGAUCGUCUUUACCUACAUCCUUGGCUACCAAGUUGACAUUGGUCACAUGGAGGCAGUCAACCUGAUCUCCAGCAACAAGUACUCAGAGAAGCAGAUUGGCUACCUCGCAAUCACCCUGCUGAUGCACGAGAAUUCGGACAUUGUCCGUCUCGUAGUCAACUCGAUUCGCAAGGACUUGGACGAGAUCAACGAGGUCAGCAACUGUUUGGCACUUCAUGCUAUUGCAAAUAUCGGAGGAAAGGAGAUGGCAGAAGCGCUCUCCGGGGAUGUGCAUAGACUCUUGAUAUCGCCAACUUCCAGGAGCUUCGUCAAGAAGAAGGCUGCCUUGACGCUGCUUAGGCUCUAUAGGAAACACCCGGAGGUCAUUCCUGCUCAAGAUUGGGCGCUGCGUAUUAUUGCUAUUAUCGACGAUGACAAUCUUGGCGUCGCGCUCGCUGUGACGAGCUUGGUCAUGGCUAUGGCGCAAGACCAUCCCGAAGCUUUUGCAACCUCGUAUCAGAAAGCAGUGUAUCGAAUGCACAGGAUCGUGGUGGAGAACGAUUUCACUGCCGAAUACGUCUACUACAAGGUUCCCAUCCCAUGGUUGCAGGUCAAGCUCCUGCGUCUGCUGCAGUACUACCCAAGUCCCGAGGAUCCGACGCUGCGAAGAACGAUCGAAACGGUAUUAGAUACGAUCAUCAACAACUCACAAGACAGUCCCAAGAAUGUGCAGCACAACAAUGCGCAGAACGCUAUCCUGUUCGAGGCGAUCAACCUUGCUAUCCAGCUCGAUACCCAAUCCGCCCUCGUCGCCAAAGCAGCAGUGCUGUUGGGCCGCUUCAUUCUAUCCCGGGAGACCAACGUGCGGUACUUGGGUCUGGAUACUAUGGCCCAUCUCGCAGCGUGCGCCGAGAGUCUGGAGCCAAUCAAGAUGCAUCAGAACACCAUCAUUCUUUCCUUACGGGAUAAAGAUAUCUCGGUGCGAAGAAGGGGUGUCGAUUUGCUGUACAGCAUGUGCGAUCUGACGAAUGCCAAGGUGAUUGUUUCGGAGCUGCUAAAGUAUAUGCAGAUUGCAGACUAUGCGUUGCGGGAGGAGAUGGUGUUGAAGAUCGCUAUCUUGACCGAGAAGUUUGCGACCGAGUAUACUUGGUAUGUUGAUACAAUCUUGCAGCUGAUUAGCUCUGCGGGCGAUCAUGUUAGCGAGGAAGUAUGGUACCGAGUGAUUCAGAUUGUCGUCAACAACGAAGGUGUCCAGGAGUAUGCAGCGACCAAAGUGCUCGAGCAUCUAAAGUCCUCGACUUGUCACGAGAACAUGAUCAAAGUCGGCGGGUAUAUUCUCGGCGAGUUCGGCCAUCUGAUUGCAAAUGAUCAGGGAGCUAGCCCGAUCGAGCAGUUCCACACGCUUCAUUCCAGGUCGCAUCUCUGUUCGCAGUCGACGAGAGCUUUGUUGCUUUCGACAUAUGUCAAGUGGUUGAAUCUGUUCCCUGAGAUUAGGGAGCAGAUUCUCUACGUGCUCAACAGGUACAGACAUGUGUUGGAUGCCGAGUUACAACAGCGGGCGUGCGAGUAUGUAGCGUUGGCGGAGAUGCCAGAUGAUGAUCUGUUGCAGGCCGUGUGUGACGAGAUGCCGCCGUUUGCGGAGAGGUCCUCGUUGUUGCUCAGUCGACUGCACAAGAAGCAUACCGAUACCGAGGAUAAGAGGACGUGGAUUAUUGGUGGGAAGGAUACAAACCGUGGCAGAGAGCAGGCGAGAUUGGAGAGUUUCAAGAAGGGAAAGGCGAAUGGAGGGGCGAUGCCGACCGGUGCUGCUGGGUCGGUGAUCCCUGCUGGGCAUAGAAUUGAGGCGGUUACUGCUGAUUCGAUGAGGAAUGGCGUUGAUGGCGAUGCGGAUAACGUGCUUGCUGGACUGGAGGGGUUGGAUAUGAAUGCGACCACGCCGUCGGGCAUGGAGAACACAGGGUUGCUGUCAGAGCAGCCCUUGAUCGGGGAUGCCUCCACGCCUGCCUCUUCUACGGCGACUACACCCUCGACACCGCUCAACAACCAACCUCUUUCGGCAGGAGCAGACAAGUUCUUCCAACGCUUGUGCUUUGCACCCGAAGGAGUGCUUUACGAAGACAGUCAGAUCCAAAUCGGACUCAAGACGGAGUAUCACGCUCAUCAAGGCAGACUGGCGCUGUAUUUUGGAAACAAGAUCGCGGUCAACUUCAACUCAUUCACUGUCAACGUACGCUCCCGGGAACCAGAAGCUCUCAGCGUUACAGUUGCCAAGAUCCCGACAAACUCUCUCGGUGCUAUGACUCAAGCUCAGACGGUCGUCCUCGUCGAAUGCAUAGACCUCUUCACGGAGCCACCGAUUCUCGAAGUAACCUAUCUCGCCGGCUCCUUGCAAGAAAUCCGCCUACGCCUGCCUAUACUGAUGACAAAAUUCAUCGAACCGGUCCAACUCGGCACAACCGACUUCUUCGAACGUUGGCGACAGAUCGGCGGGGCACCACGUGAAGCUCAGAAGAUCUUUGCGUUCAAACUCUCCCCCAAUGGAGAAGUGGAUGUGGUUAGGCAAAGGAGAUUAGUGGAGGGAGCAAGAUUGCAAGUGUUGGAUCGAGUGGAUCCGAACCUGAGCAACUGUGUUGCUGCUGGUGUACUGCACAUGCGGCAAGGAGGCAAAGUAGGAUGUUUGUUGAGGUUGGAGCCUAAUAAGGAUGCCAAGUUGGCAAGAUUGACUGUUAGGACGACAAAUGAUUUGGCCAGUGCCGAGUUACUGAGGAUCCUUUUGACCGUGCUUGCGGUUGAUCAGGGCAGAUUGUAG